UUUAAUCAAAAAAUUUCAUCAGAAAUUAAAAAAAAAUCAGAAAAUAAAUCAAAUGAUUUCCCCUUAAAGCGACAACAAAAACAAUCCAAAUUCGCCUCCACAAAACAGCCCAAUUUACAACAAAAUCAGCCCUUUGUAGGGGACAUUCCAGCCAUUCAAAUAACACAAAUGACGUUGGAUGAAGAAGAAAAUUUGAGUUUAAAAGAAGAAAAACAAACAAAAUUGUUAUUAGAAUUAACAGAAAAUUCAGAAAAAUCAACAAAAACAACCAACACAACAAUUAAUAGCUGUAGACAACAAGUAUUUGAUAAUAGCCUCCUUAGUGCUAAUAAAUAUCAGGACCGUUCUGCUUUAAAUAGGCAGUCUACUGGGACCUUAAAUAGGCUGAUGUUGGUAGCGCAGGCGUUGGAAACGGAGGUGGAUUGGAGGUGAGAGGAUUUUAAAAAUCAGAAUUUUAUAAAUCAGAAUCAAAA